CAAGAUUUUCUUGGAAUUAUCCAUUUGUGUAUAUACUGUUGACGUUCUAUGUAUCUUUUCUAUGGAUAAUGGGUAUAGGCGCUUGUGAUUAGGAGGGGCUUCUUCUGCUAGUGGAUUUUCUUCUUUAUUUGUAGCCACUUUGUUGAUCUUCACGGAAAAAGCUGACAAUAUGGGCACCGUUAUGUCCUUUACGCCGCGACCGCGGAAGCCGAAUUAUGAAGAUCUUCAUUUACAAAACUUCGGAUAUGAGAUGUUAAACAAUGCUAAAAACACACAGUCGACUCAGUCCAAAGACAAAAUGUACAAGAAACAUACCGUGUUUUUGAGUGGACUUAGCUGGAAAAAAUUGACUGUGAAUGGCGGUAAGAAAAAAGACAAGAAUUUUCUCCUUCGUUCGAAUGCUUCCAUUGUUCCGGGUAAAUUAGACAAUAAUUCUAAUAUUGACAACUUAAACAGAAAUAUACCAAAAUCUCUAUCGUUAUACAACAUCAAAUCAGGAUCAGACGAAAAUGUUCCUCCUUCCAGAACGACAGAGAAAUCGGAGGUAAUCACCACAAGUCCUGCCAAACGCACAAUAAUCCAAGCAUCCACUUCGGAACUCCUCAAGUGUCUUGGAGAGUACUUAUGUAGAAAGUGCAGAAAGCUGAAGACUUUUGAAGGUUGCGAUCUGAUUAUGUGGUUGCGCACGGUGGAUCGCUCUUUGCUGCUACAAGGUUGGCAAGAUGUGGGAUUCAUCAAUCCCGCAAACGUGGUAUUUGUGUUCAUGUUGGUUCGGGAUCACUCUCAUUCUGAUAUCGUCACUGAGCAAGACUUACAAGCGAUGGUGCUGACAUGUUUGUAUCUGUCCUACAGUUACAUGGGUAACGAGAUCAGUUAUCCCCUAAAACCCUUCUUAGUGGAGAACGACAAGGAGGUAUUUUGGGACCGAUGUCUUUCUAUUGUAAAUAAACAAAGUAGCAAUAUGCUACGGAUAAACAGUGAUCCGGGUUAUUUCACGGAGAUCUUUGCUGAGCUGAAGUCUUAUUCUCCCUGUAUAUGAACAAUAUCCUCACGGAUGCCGAGUAAUUUUUGGUUAAACGUAAAAAGAAUUGUCAUAUAGGGAAGAAAUUUCAGACAGUGCUAUCUGAUAUAGAUAUCUGUAUUUAGCUAGAUAUAAGCUUUGUGAUAGACAUCUAGCGUUGAUCUGUACAGUACAUAUUUUGGUUUUUAAAUAAUUUAUUGAUGUUUACCAAAUUUUUCAUUAUUUGCAAUAAUUUGCAUACGUAGUAUUCCACCGCUGCUUUGACAAUCCCAUUUUUCAAGUCUCGUUAAAGAUUACUCAUCUUGUUUAUGUAUGACAUACGAUCUUUCAUUCACCUGUAACAAACCAGGUAGUAUGAUCAAUAGUUAAGUAUAUUUACAUAACACAAAAUUGCAAUAAUCUUUUAUAUCCUAUUGUAGAGCUGGUAGUGAGGAGCAUUGGUUUAAUUUAUUUACAAAUGCUGGUUUUUGCAUGAGAAAAAAUUGAAUUUCUGAAAAAACAUGCUCCUUCCUUGUCGAAUUAGGAAAAAAAAAAUAUCCCGAGGAAAAAGUCGAUAUCUAGCAUUCCUUCUUCCUACGUAGUGGUUUAUUUGUCACUGUGUAUUAGAAUGUGUGAAUCGAUAAUGGUUCUUGGCAUCGGCGAAGCCAGUGUUUUUUUUCCUUUAAUGGCUUCCCUCUGCGGAUCCAGUUAACUUACAAAACACUAUACUCUGCUUGUGAUAUUCGAGAAGGUGUAUAUGGUUAGUGUAAGAGAUUAUGAUGGUAGGUUUUUGUUAAUAGAGAGUGAAAUCUGAACUGUUUAAUAGGAUGUAUAGGGAGAAAAUACCUUUGUUAUGUCUUAAUUAAACGGAAUACUGGCUUAACUUACAAGUAAUUAUCACGUAGAAUGGAAGAAAAAUUCAAAUGCUUGAUAAUCUGUUGACAAUAAAUAUACAAAUGUAUCAAAUUUAGGGAAAUCAAAUUUUAAUUAAAUGUCGCAGAAUUUUUUUUUAUUUGGCCCAUUGUCAAGAUGAAAAAAUUCGAUGUUUACGAAGCUUAACUCUUAAACAGAAUAUCAACUUAGUUUGAUAGAUUUAAUCAAUGCUUUUAGAUUUUGCAGAAAAAGAACCACCGGCUUUACAUGCUAAUAAGGUUAUUAUUUAUUUAUUUAUUUAUUUAUUUAUUUAUUUGUUUGUUUAUUUAAAAAAAUAUAUUUCUAUUGAAGAUCAUUAUUAUACAUUGCAUUUAAAUUAAACUAUUAUUCCUAUUUUACAUUUUAUUAGCACAAACUCUUUGCCGGCAAUUUUUAAUUCGGUGCUGUUUAUGAUAUCAGGAAACAUUGAUUAUUCAGUGCAUCCUGAAAAGGUAUAUAUUUUGUGCAUUACGUAUGAUACAAAUGCUUAAAAGCAGUCAUUAAUUAUCUUUAUUUCAUACAAUUCACAUCAAUGCCUUGUAUAACAAGAUGAGUUUAUGGAGGCAGAGAGAUGUUUUUAGUUUAUUUAUAUUUAUUUCAGGGGUUGCUUUAUUUUACAUACUGUUAUAUUCUGUAUAGACAAAACGGAUUGCUCCGUCAUCCUUCUUCCUAUUUUAAGAUGUUGAUUAAUUUUUUUAUCAUUCUGUAAUAUGUUGUUAUGUGUUGAAAGUUUUGCAAUAAAUGAUUUUAAAAAUGAA